CGACCGUGCGACCACCAUCGGACAGCCGCACGUGAGCACGGCCCUGGAUUCAACGCGAGAUGAGAAGAAACGUCUGACAAAACGGAUCCCAAAGGCAUGGCCAGCAGCACGGAGGAUUACGGGUCGGAACUACAGGACCUGCAGUGGGGCGGCGGUAGCGGGUCGCACUUCCUGCGCAGCGGCACCCACUUCCUGAGAAGCGGCCCCGGCGGCUGCUACGAGGCCGAGGAUUUAGAGCCCAGCAGCAGGCAUCAUGGUGGCCAGCACAGGGGAUAUUACAGCCCUCCGGGCACGAGUUACACGAUCGUCGAGAGGCCGCCGAGUGCUCCUCAUCACCAUUCCUCGCACACUACACCGUACAGGCACAGAGGACACGCCACCGGAGGCUCCGGUGCCAUUUCGCCGGAGCAGGUGCUCAGACUUUUCGGGAACGGUGUGUCCGAGCGUCGACAGGGGGACAGGAGGACGCCGGCGUCUUCGCCUGCGAGCGUGGCCGCCGUGAGGACCACGCCGUCGUCGACGUCGCAGCAGCAGCAGCAGUCCCAGCAAUCGCAGCAGUCGCAGCCAAAUGCCGCGAAUCCUCCGACGUCGCCGAGCUCUCAGCCGUUGAGCCUGCAGGAGCUCACCGUAAGGACAAUCACCAUGACGAGAGAUCCGCCGGACUCUCACCAUGGCUUUGGGAUCUGCGUGAAGGGUGGCAAGGACGCAGAAGCGCAGUCAGGGGUGGGUGUCUACAUUUCGAGGGUGGAGGAAGGUUCGGUGGCCGAACGCGCUGGACUCAGGCCAGGAGACACCAUCUUGGAGGUGAACGGCACACCCUUCCGGGCGGUGACCCACGAGGAGGCCCUCAAAAUGCUGAAGUCCUGCAGGACCCUGAGCAUGACAGUUCGGGGCCCAGCGUUGGACCCCCGCUGCAGAGGCGGUCAUCCGGUGUGGUCGACAUCCGGUCGUCAGCAAUCCUGCAGCUGGAUCGACCGUCAAGGUCGUCCAACAUCUCCGCCGCCAUUGUACCCACCCCGAGACUCGAGGUACGUCCCGAGAACCAGGAAGGUCGAGCUGUGCAUCGAGCCUGGCCAGUCUCUAGGUCUGAUGAUCAGGGGUGGCCUCGAGUACGGCCUUGGGAUUUAUGUCACCGGAGUGGACAAGGACAGCGUGGCCGACCGAGCCGGACUUUUGGUAGGUGAUCAGAUCAUCGAGGUAAACGGGCAGAGCUUCGAGGAGGCGACCCACGACGAGGCAGUGGAGAUCCUGAAGACGAACAAGAGGAUGACUCUCCUGAUCCGCGAUGUUGGGAAGGUGCCACACUCCUGUACCACGAGCCAACCCAUCGUUAUGCCCACCUCUAGGUACUCCGAGCACGACCCUCUGCUGCUGGACAGCCCUGGGAACCAUCGACCACCGAGUCCUACCAUCGCCAGUGACUGGAGACACAGGGGCGGCAUGCACACGGUCUCAGCAGCGACAGCCGCCAUGGUGGAGGAGAAAGCGAGGGUGGUCCUCGCGAGGAGCGAGAGGGCAGCACUGUCUCAGCUUCUGGCAGACUACAGGACACGUCGAAUGACAAUCGAGGAGCUGGUUGUCAGUCUAGGCGACCUGCUGAACACCCACGAGAAGCUCACCCUGCUGACCGAGCUGAGGGAACUCGUGGACAGCAAAGACAGGGCUGCCUUCGACGAUUUGGUUUACAGGCCUCGGGUAGCCAUGGCAAGGAGAAAAGGUGACCGCGCUCAUUCGGACUUGAUAGUGACGCCGUCUCUGCACGAUCUUCCGAGGGGUGUACCCGGUGGUUGUUGCCGUCCGGGACGACUGGUGGACGUCGAGGGAGAUCCUCUAGGAGUGACAGGACCUCUCCUGCCGCGGGAUAACCAGGAAUAUAGAUCGCCCAGCGAGGACAGCGGCCUGGGUGCCGACAUGCCCAGGACCAGAGCGGGCUGCAGGAGGACGCAGCAGCACCAAGUGACGACCUCCGAUCUCGCCCUCUCCAACGACGACGAGUGCGACAACCAGGACUACGAGGACGAGCUGGAGAACGGUCGCGGGCGCAGACACAGCUCGCCUGGUGGCUCUCGCGGCAAUCCCAGAGACUACGGCCACCAUCAUCUUCAUCCCGACAAUUUG